AUGGCGACAUAUCCGGCAACAGACCCAUCUCGGGAUCCUCGGGCCUCUGGCGGAGAACGCGACUCGCUCCUCCUCGACGUCACCACCGAUGCCUUUACCUCUGUCGGCUCGUCGUCGUCUCCCUCGACUCGUCACCGCCAUGACCAUGACCAUGAUCUUGCCCAUGCCAUGCCUGCCGGCGCAACGGCUGGUCGCCACUCGCUCGUCGGUAGCACCUCCAUCAACGGCGACCACUCGUCGGUCGAUCAGCGGCGACAGGCGCGGGGGUCAGCGGCAGCUGGCCGAUCGGCUGGCCGAUCGGGGGCAGGCGUGAUGGCUGUCUCGGGCAUGUUUGCCGAUGAUGGCAGCGAUAACGUCCGGCUGGUGCAGCACACUUUCUACCGAACGCUGGCCAACACGGUGGCGCCGCCCGAACUACCCGGUGGCGUCAUCGAGGCUGUGGUCGGCGACAUUGCCCACCAUCCGUUCCCGCCGCUGCCGUCGUCGGCGACCGGAAAGAUCGGCAUGGGCUUGCUCAAGGCAACAGGCAUUGGCUACGCCUACUACCGGGCAGCAAACACACGGGUGAACCCCGGUGAGGUCACCUGGCUCCAGGACGGCUCGGAUCAGUACGUCAUCUCGCGGCCGGGCCUGUACUACUUUGCUGGGCCAACGCGGACGCUCCAUCCACCGCAGCGGCUUGACGGGCAAGAGGCUGUCGAGCUGGGCAACACCAAGAUCGUGACGGUCCCGCCCGGACGCAUCGGGUUCUGCUCGUUCAAGAACCAGGUGUACGUCCUCUCGCCAGGCACCCAGUUUGUGCUCUCCUCGCCGUACAUCUCGUACCUCGGUUCCGAGUCGCUCGACCGCGAGAGCAUCCAGCAGGACUCAGUCUCGCUCAUUCGGAUCCAAGCCGGCCAGUUUGCGGUUGUCCGCGACGUCGACGGCCACGUGGUGGUGGUCAAGGACGUGUGCCGGCUGCUCUUGCGCUCACCCGAGAUGCUGCUCGGCGUCUUCUCCACCAUGGAGCCACGGAUCAACGUCGAGGGCUACGAGCGGCUGCGGCUGCUCUCCGGUCAGGUUGUGUUCUACCUCGACGCCGCCGGCGAGACGCAGUUCCUCGACUCGCCAGGUACGUACGAGCUCCGCGCGCCGAGUACCUUUGUCGGCAACGUGCACAACAUCAACGACGACGUUCUCCGCGAGGGUUCGGUCACCAUUGUCCGGGUUCAGUCGGGCCAGCUCGCGUGCAUGCGGACAGCCACCGGCGACGUCGACGAGCUCCUCGGCAUCCACUCGGUCAACGAGCCGCGAAUCGAGCACGGGACCUUUGAGCGCGUCCGCCUCCAGGCCGGCAAGAUCAUCUUCUACCAGUCGGAGGACGGCGAGACGCGGUUCUACGACGCGCCUGGCACGUACACCCUCCGCCGGCCGGCCUUCUUUGACCGCGACCUGUACGAUGUCAACACGUCUAUUCUCGAGUUUGGCUCGGUGGUGAGGCUCAACCUCAAGCAGGGCGAGGUGAGCUACAAGUUUACCGCCGACGGGCGAACCGAGCUCCUCCUCCAGCCGGGCGUCCACGUUAUUCAGCGGCCGGAGCAGUUUGGCGGACACAUCCACCGCAAGUGGGAGCGCCACAUCUCGCUCGGCGCCUUUGACAUUGUCAACAUCCCGCCAGGCUUUGUGGCCAUCACCUACGACGGGCGGACCGGGGGUGCCAAGGCGUCCGAGGCCGCGGCGGCGUCGGGCGCGCCGCACCGCUCGGCGCUCCGCAUCCUCCACGAGGGUCACCACAUCCUGGACGAUGAGCUGUGGACGCUCUCAGACAUCCGCUCCAUCCAGGAGAAGCGCCUCGAUCUGCGCUGCCAUGUGUACUCGCGCAACCGCGUCGCUUUUGACGUCAAGGCCUUUGUCCUCUACAAGGUCGUCGACCCCAAGCGCGCCUUUGUCGAGGUUGUCGACAUCGAGGACGAGCUCCACCGUGAGGCCGAGGCUACCCUGCUCGCUGUUUUUGGCGCCCACGACUCUAACGAGAUCUCGCAGGGCAUCGCCGAUCCGACGGCGCAUGCCGGGCCAGGUGCCGGGCACAGGACGAGCAAGGCGCACACGGCGCCCUUGGCCUCCUCGGCCGGCAGCGACGACGCGCUCCCGACGUACGAGCAGGCUGAGUCGUUUGCCGACGUCGUCCGCUCGGCCUUUCAGCUCGGCAUCCGUGACUUUGCCCAGGAGCGCGGCGUGGCCCUCACCCGCAUGCGGGUCGAGUCGAUCGACUUUGCCGACGCCAACAUGAAGCGCGCCGUCGAGCAGCAGGCCGAGGUCUCCAUCCAGAUCUCCGCCGAGCGGCUCAACGUCGAGCAGCGGAACCAGACAGCGCUGCUGCAGGCCGAGGGCGAGGCUGCCGCCAUCCAAGUCCAGGCCAACGCCGAUGCCAACGCCAAGCGCGCCGCCACUAUGGCCGAGGUGGAGAAGAUCCGCUCGGUCGCCGCAGCGCAGGGCGAGGCGUCCGAGAACCCGCUCGCUGUCCAGCUCGCCCUCAUCGAGGCCUACGCCGCAGGCCAGGCCCGCAUGUUUGCCGCUCUCGGCAACAAUGUCGCCCUCCUCCCCACCGACCUUCAGAUCUCCGCCGGCGGCUUGCCGGGCCAGAUCCGGUCCAUGCUUGCAGCCGACGGCGCCGGCGGCCCAGGCGUCGCCUCACUGUUUUCUGUCAAGAACAAUAGUGGCGGGGCCGAGUAA